CAUUCGUCGGUUUUCCGUCGGUUUUGUUUUAGUGCCCGUCGGUAAUCCGUCUUGUGCCCGUCGGAUUACCGACGAAUUUGGUCGUCAGUUACGACGUGUUUUCUUGUAGUAUUUCUGUAUCACGACGCUGUAAUGAUUUCUCUUUUAUAAGUCUUUACUUCGUCCUUACUACAGGCACCGAGCAAAAACCCUUUAAUCAUUCUGUUUUUUUCUCUCUGCUUCAGUCUUCUUCGUUGUUCAUCUUCGCGGCCACAACCAGGUUUCAGUACCUUCACAAGGUUCUUCUUUAUAUAAUCUUGGUCCCGUACUCAGGUGUAAGAAGGGAGCGUGCCUCUGCUGGGGCUUUCUUAUUCUUGUCAGCAUUCCUUUAUGCUUUUUGGCGUAUGGGAGUUCAUUUUCCUAUGCCUUCAGCAGAUAAAGCAUCUGCUUAGAGUAAUUCAUGUAAUAGGAAUAUUGUGGGACAGAAAAGCAUUCAAUCCAACGCCAAGUCCUGCAGAGUGUACCAUAACAGCUGAUAAGGGAAACCCUUUUGGACUUGGAAGACUUAGAGAGACUGUCAACAACAGGAAGAGAAAAGAAAGUUGUGCAAGCUCUUCAUCAUCCUUGUCAGAGAUGCAAGAACAAAUUCAGGCUGCUCGUCGAAAGAUAGCUGAGCAAGACUUAAUCAAUUCUCAACGUGAGGCGGAGCCACGCAUAGCUCAAAGUAGGAUCUCAAGCUUGGAGAUGAUUGUCUCAUACUUGAAGACCAAUGAUCCCCAGUUUGCAGACUUUUUGGCGCGUCAACCACCAAUCAUCCCACCUGAAACUGACCAGCCACUAGACAAGGCACUGUACCAGCCACUGGACAAGGCACUGCACCAGCCACUGCACCAGCCACUGCACUACCAACAGGAUCAGCCACAUCUCCUUUGUUUACUGCAUCUUCCUCUCCCUUAUCUAAGACUUAAUUUCUUAUCUUUUGUUAUCUUGCUUUGGAUUUGUUAGGAUGUUUUUGGAUUUGGAAUUGUUAGGAUGUUUUUGGAUUUGGAUUUGUUAGGAUGUUUUUGGUUUCAUUUUGUUUCAGCGUUUUUAAAAAAAAAUAUUUCUAUAAGGAUAGUCACAAAACAGAUGGUAUAUUCACACUGAUUUGUGACUAUAUAUUGAACAUUUUGGUUGUUAAUUUGACACUUUUGCGAUCAA